AGUAAAAUCAUCAAAAACAUUUACAAUAGAUUUAACAUGUACUGUAUAUAGAAAAUGCAGGUACAGGUAUAUAGACCAUACUGGUGUACAAUUUCUAGUGUACCUAGAUGGUGUAGGUACAGGGUGUAUAACACUAGUAAAGCACAUCAACCAAGAAUAACUGACAGUUGUGUGAGGGCCAGAACUGUUCCCAUAAGAAAUUAAGUUUGAUGAUAGAACAAUUCACAAAUAAUCGAGGUUUUCAGGAACUUAUUAUCGUUUUUUAUUGAGGGUCCAGUGUACUAUACAGGUAUAAUAAUGGAGUCCUGUGUACAGUACAGUAUUGACUUUGUAGUGAAGAUUGAUAAGAACAGUAGUAUAGGUAUUAAACAUUGUUGUCAAUACUGUAUUGUAUUACGUCUACUUUGGACAGUUUUUAUGGCUGUAACUUACAGUUUAGUUUUAUAACCACAACAUCGCUGGUUGGGGCUUCUGUAAGUAUAUUUCAAGAGUGCAUAAGCAAAGACAGCAGAUGAAUCUCACCUGUAUUGUGCAUUGCAACAGCGCUUUUGAUGAGGGAGUGAUUUCAAUGUGUCACCUCUCUUUACCAGAACUAUUGUCAAUGCAUUUAUGUCACCAUAUGCAUAGCAGGACAAUGAAAUGUCUCCGCUCCACCCAUGGAUUAUAUACAGUAUGUACAUAAGAGGUGGGAUCCAAGGGUUGCAACAGACCUUAACCUACCUCCCUAGAUGUGGCUCAACCGGACAAUGUAAGGUUGUAGCCUUUUGUCUAGGUGGUACAGGGUCUGUCAACAUCCUCUCUCAUGCCUGCAGGCGCCACCACUAUAUCAGGCUUUUACUCUACAGGCAAAGAUAUAUUGUCUCUGACUCGAGGAGAACAUUGAUGAUAUGUCUGAUACACGACGUAAGAGCUGUGUGCUGUUCUGUUGUGGUGUUUGAACCCCAGCAUAAGGGCCACUGAGCAGCAAGGUUACAGCAUCAUCACAAUGUUGUCCUCACCUGAUCCAUGUUUGUUGUGUAUACUGUACAAGGUGCUGUAACUUUGUAGCUGAGUCGCCCCUGUGUAAGGGACCCAGGUAAGCAAGCAGCAGUGAUUUGUAUCUAUGAUAUAUUUCAGGGUGAUCAAAAUAUAUUGUAAAUAAUAGUUUAUCUUUGUUGAAUGAUUGAAAUAUUUAGUAAAUGUGCCUAAUUGUCCUGUCAUCUAAGCUUCACCCAUUUUUGGCCUGAACCUUUGCAACAAUCACAGAUCAUAAAAGUUGAGUGGUUGCUUGGUGCUGAGUUGAUCCAUGGGUCACUUAGCUACCAAGAACCAGUUAACAACCAUAAAUGUGAGGGCUGAUAAGUAUGGUAUUAGUGGUUGGAGUUUAGCUUAUAGGUCAGUUAUGUGGAGUGUGUUGACAUUGUUGUGGUCUCAAAGGUGAUAACUACAGUUUACAUGUGAAGCUGCUUGACUCACGCAUCUGAUAUGGAGACUUGUGUAAACCUGAAGGAACAGUAAGAUAUGACAUUUGUAAUGAGUUGAUAUAAUACUGUACUGAUUUAUGUGCAGACAAAUUACUUAUAAAAGCUUACCAAUAUUUGUCUGGUAGAAUUAAGGUCUUUUAUGUACAGUUGCCAUCACCUGCAUCUGGGACAGUGUCUGGUGCAUUUUGGGAGAUAUGGCAACUGUGUGUUUGUUUACUGUUACAGGUGAUAAUUGAAGGCAACUGUCCACAUAUUAAAUACAGUGCAGCACUAGCAGUGUAUUGAGAAUGGCACAACAUUUAGCGGGUCGACUGAAAAUACCACAAAUUGUGUACAGUUUAGAAAAUGUUUUAUCAGUAACAAAGACUUCCUUAAAAUAAGCUCUCCAUACUUAAUAUAUUCCCCAGAACUAAAAGAAAACAAUGUGUCUAGAUGAAUGAUUUAUUGAAGCAGGCAAGAAAUAUUUCAGAAUUUCUAUACAGUAGCCCACACAUGGUGAGUCUUGAUGUAAGCCUGUCUGUUGAAAGUACUGUAUGGAGACAGACCAGAGCUGUACACAUGAGUACUUUCUGCGAGUUGUGUCACUGACCUCAGGCAGAUGAAGGUUUGAGAGUUUAAUUUGUUGUAUGUUUUCACUCGUUCUUGUUUCUAGAUAUAACUUAUACACAAUGUUAAGGGACAGAAUGGUGUAAUUUUUAUUUUUUUUUUUUUUUAUGAAAAUGAGUUCAUCCAACUGAGAUCUUUCCUCAACUCUGCUGUUUAUGUUGUCUUAAAUUCCAACUUUUAUUUCAUCAUGGAUUUAAUCUUGCAGAAGAAUAAGAAAUGUCCAAAGUAGAGACUAGCCCCGACGGCCCUCCGAGAAAGCUCCCUCGUCUCGACAGUGAAGGAGAUGAGGGAAGAUCGUCGUGCCCGGCACCCGGAGGCAGCAGCAGCCAGGGCCCGGACAGAGAGGACGCUCUGUGGUCGUGGGCAUCAACUGGAUUGACCUCUACUCGGGCGUCUGGUGGGAAUGAUGCGUUGUCAGACUCCCGGUACGAAGGCUUCCAGUUGUUGGAUGAAGUACACGAUGGCGAUGACGACGAUAAUGAUGAACCAGAUGGUCAAGACUCGGAGGAGGACUACGAAUAUGACUCGGAAGUGCCAGAGGAAGAGAUUGAUGCCUUACUUGAAGAAGGACUACCGGAGGAGAUGAAGGGCCCCAGGAAGAGGAAGAAAGACACUGUUCUUGGUGAAGGAGAAGAAGCUCCUUAUGAUGAAAGACAAAAAGUUGUUCUUGUGGAAAAGGGGAGUAAUCACUUCGAGGUCUUGCCUGAAGGGUGGGUGCAGGUGACUCAUAACAGUGGUAUGCCCGUCUACCUCCACAAGCAGUCGAGAGUUUGUACCAUGGCCAAACCUUACUUCCUCGGCCAAGCUAGUGUUAGGAAACACGACAUCCCCCUGAGCGCCAUCCCGUGCUUCCAGUACAUGAAGGCUCUUGAGAUUGAGAAGAACAACACAGAGGAGAGCAAAGAGAUUAACGAUCAGGAGAAAGAUGAACAAGAAGACGGUGAACAGAGAGGGGAGGAGUCCAUGAUAGGGGUGAUGGAAAAUGGAAUUGAUGGCAUGAAGACAACACCAAGUGGGAGUCGACCUUCAGGGUGUCCGGUGGCAACUGGGAGUCUGGCUGCUGCCCUCGCCCUCAACACAAACAAAGAAGGUGUGUCUCCACCGGCCGCCCUAAUGGUGGGAAAUGCCAAGAUUGAGACAGCCGUUGAGAACUUGCAGCAGCAGUCCCUGGAUGUGUCGGAGUUACGAGAGUACUGUACUAAACGCUUCCAGUUUAAGAGCAUCAAAAUCAUCAGGUUCAAGUCUUGGGCAGAAAGAAGAAGAUUCCAGAAGGUGAACAAGAAGAAAGAUCGUCCACAGUUACCUGAAGGAACCAAACUGAUCUCAUUAAGGAGACAAGAGGAGGAUGGCGCCCCAGCAGCCAGCAGCAAGAAGGAAUGGAUCAUGAACCCUAAAGGAAAGAGCUAUGUGUGUAUCCUUCACGAGUACGUCCAGCACGCUCUAAAGAAACAACCCAAGUACGUCUUCAAGGAAGUUGAGAAUGCUGCCACACCUUACGCAGCCACCAUCAUCAUCAAUGAGAUGCAGUACAGCACAGGGUACGGCAGCAGCAAGAAGCAGGCCAAGACCGAGGCAGCCAAGGCCACCCUGGAGAUCCUUCUGCCUGAGCUGGGGGAGAAGAUCAGAGAAGAGUCCAACACUAAAGGGGAUGCUGAUCUGUCUUUCUUCGACGAGAUCCGUAUCGAGGACCCCAGAGUACCCGAGCUGUGUAACAAGACGAGCGAGCUCUCCCCGUAUUCUAUCCUCCUCAAUUGCUUACAAAGAAACUUCGGCCUUAACGGAGCAAACAUAGACUCCAGGCUGGUCACUCAGAAGAAUCAAAAGAAUGAAUUUGUGAUGACCGUCGGCAAGCACACGGUCCAGGUACAGUGUAAGAACAAGAAGGACGGCAAGCAGAGAGCAUCACAGGCUAUCCUUCAGAAACUCCACCCACACAUCAGUAGUUGGGGAUCUCUGCUACGACUGUAUGGGAAUAGAUCGAUGCAAACUAUGAGGGAAAAGAAAGCUGAGGAACAAGAAAUUACAUUACUUCAGUCAAAUGCCACAGUCAACCAACCCAACACCUCCAUCAUCAACAAACUCAAACAAGAAAUGCUUAAACUACAGGAAUUAAAGAACUCCAUCCAACCCAUAGGAAAGUUUCUCCCUCCUGAAGAUGUUGCUCUGCCAUCUGCUUCUGGAAUAGACCUGAAUAAUGUGGACUUGUAAAGAAAUGCAGCUGGUGUUUUUGUAGUAAGUACAUGAUUGAUGGGAGGUGAAGUGCAGCUGGAACCAUUUUAAGAUGUGCAGCUGAAACCAUUUUAAGAUGUGCAGCAGUGAUGGAGGGAAAUGCAGCUGUUACCAUUGUCAAAUGUGCAGGAGUGACAAAGAUGAGCUUUAAUGACUGGGAUAGCUGAGAACCUUGCUAGUCACUUAUUCCCAGUAGUAAAUGAGGAAGUUGAUGAAGACACCAAUUUUCAGCCAUCACAAACAUUUUAUCUUCCCAUGGAGGUUGUAUUUUCCCGGAAGAAGUAUGGCACUGUACCUCACUCUACCUUACUAGCAGAGAUUCAAGGCAGGUGGUCGUCGUUCACCGCCGUAGGUAUUCAGAUUGUGAAUAUUUGCACUUCUUAUGCAAGGUGAAUUUACAUCAUUCAUUAAGCUGUGAUGAAAAAUGAUUGAAAAGUUAACUGUGAUAUUUUAAAGUGCAUAUGCUUGAUAAAUUUUAUACAAUUAUGAAUGAAUUCUUGACCAACUUACCGAGGUCAUUACUGUAAUAGAUCUUGUCCAUCCCAAGUAACUUGACUAUUAGUUUAGAUGUUAUUUAAGAUAUAAAUAUAUCAUUUUCUUUUUAUUGUAUAAAAAAAAUAUAAAUGAAAACUUGUAAAGGUUGUACAGUACAUUAAAAAAUCACAAGAAAUGAAAGAAACCCAACAUUUACUGUACUUUUAAAGAGAAUAAAGAGUUUUACACA